AUGGCUGGCAAAGAUGAUAGUGAUAUUCCCCAUGCUGAGGGUGGAGGAGUAGAAACUCAAGAGUCUGGUGCAUCAGUUGAUAUUUUUGGCCUUUUUGGUGGGUCUCCAACACCUGCACCUCAAGAAUCUUCUGGGGGAGCGCAGGGAAUACAAGAUGAAAUUGAUGAUGAACCUGCCUCAGAGCCUCGUGUUUCUGAAUCAGAAGGUGCAGAACCUCCAGAACCUCCUCAGGAGGAAGGUGGUGGAGGAGAUGAGGAAGAGGAGGAGGAAGAAUUUGUUUCAGCCACAGAAGGUGCUCCAGGUGAAGGAAAAGAAGAAAAGAAAGAAGUUGAAGAUGAAGACCAAGAAGAGAAAGGAAGUAAGGCAGAGGUUGAGGAAACUCCAGAACAAAUCGCUGAAAGUAUCAUGGAGAUGAUCAUAAAGAGCACUGAGCAACUUGCUCAUUCAGUGUCACUUGAUUCUCUUGUACUGAGUGAACUAAAAGAAACUGAGGAACAAGCUGCAAAGCUAGCUCAAUUAUUGGCAGAAAGAAAGGAAGAAAUUCUAAAAUUGAAGGAGAAAGGCCCAUUAACUGUGUCAGAUGUGGAUCAGAUUAAAGAAAAACAGUUUGAAAUUAAGGAAAUGAUAGCAGAAUUUGAAGAGCUGACAGCCAAAAUGAAAGAACUGCUGGAAAAGUCACUUCGACCUUCAGGUGCAGUCAAACCAGGAGUAGAACCUUGUCCCAAGUGUGGAAAAGAAGAAUGUGUGUGCCAGUUACCUGGUGAUGAAAACCUACCCCCUGUUAUUUGCACUUGUAAAGAUGAGGUGUGUACUUGUGAUAAGCCAAAAUCUUAUAUACCAGGUGGUUGGUAUGACCUACAAGUGCCUGAUCUCUUUCCACAUACUCCAGAAGUACGUGAAGAUAAAGAAUGUGUUUGUAAGAAAGAAGAUCUUCGACAAUUCAAUAUAAUAGCAGAUAUUAUGCCAAAAGUUGUAGUGUGUGCCCCCGAUGUUUCAUUACCAAGAAUAAUUGUUUGUGAACCAUAUACACCAUUAAAACAAAAACCAAGGAAACCUCAUGUAUGCGCACCAAACCGUGCUUGUAAAUUGGAUAGAUAUUAA